AUGGAAACCACAAGUGAGAAAUGUGUUGUUCACCAGAAGAUCCUGGGAUAUUAUUGUACUGAGGAUGGAGCAUUUAUCUGUGAAUCUUGUUGUAUAUUUGGAAACCACAUAGGACACCGAGUGGAGAGACUGUCUAAUGCUUCAAAACAUAAAAUGAAAGCAUUGCAGAACAUUCUCCAGAAACUAUUAUCAGAUGCCAAAAACAUUGAUCAAACAAUUGAUGACUUAAAUAUUAAAAUGAAUGAAGUACAAGAUAAUUCAAUGGAGAUGAGACGCAGAGCUUAUAAUCUGUUUGAUGACAUCAGAAAACUACUAGACAAGCUGCAGGACAGAGUUUUCAAGAAAUUCCAAGAGCAAAAAGAUAACAUUUUACGGAAAGCGUCAAACAGAAUCCAAAAAAUGGAGAAAGACAAAAAUGAGCUACAACAGAAAAUCCUUAGUAUUGAGAAAUUGUUUAUGGCAAAGGAUCCAACAAUGAUUUUAAAUUACUAUAAAAAUAUAAUUCCUCCUUCUCCUCUCUCUGCUCCAAGGAAACCGGACGUUGAAGAUAAAUUGGAUUAUGAGCUGAUAUCAGUUACUCUGCAGAACAACCUUCAGCAUCUGGUUGGUGCACUACCCAGACUACAGCAAAAGAAUGUUUUUUAUGUGGAAUGUGCAUCAGACACGCUGCUAGAUGUGACCACUGCAAGUCAUAGAAUUGGUCUUUCAAAAGAUCUUAAAACUGCUUUUCACAUUAACGCUAACAAUUCACAGCCCAUCAGCCAAAACAAAUUCACAUUCUGCCAGGUUUUAAGCACCAACUGUUUUAAAUCAGGACAACACUAUCUGGAGGUCCUGGUCAGUGAUGAGGGAGUCUGGACAAUAGGACUGGCAUACGCCAGUAUCAAGAGGAGAGGAACAGAUUCACUUGUGGGAUGUAAUGAUCGCUCAUGGGGGCUAUGUUGGAUGGAUGGAAAUCUCUCUGCUCUUCACAACUCAGAGAGCAGAGCAAUACCUAUAGACAAACCUAUAGAAGCUAUAGGGCUGUACUUGGAUUAUGAGGCAGGCCGGCUGUCAUUUUACCAAGUGUCCAAUCAAAUAAAACUCUUGCACACUUUUUCCACCAAAUUCACAGAGGCUCUGUACCUGGCGUUUUAUGUAUGUGGUAACACCUGGGCCAGAAUAAAGGUUUAG